AACCAUGACAAAUGAUUUACUGAUUACGAAGCCAGCAACACAGCUAUUUAUGUCAAUAAACAAGAAAAGUGUUUGUUGUUCUCAUUUCUAUAUAAAAAUAAGUUUUUUGUAUUAAAAUAAUUUGACCAGAGGAAUUAUAAAAACAAAAUAAUACUAAAAUCAAUUAUUCUUCAAGAUUUAGGAAAUACACGUACUCGUUUCCGAAAAUGAAUAUUUUUUAUAAACUGCGCCCUAUAUCUUACAAAGUUGUACAAAGAAUUAUCACUCACAGCAAAAUAAAUAUUACAAAUAAUCCCAAAAUUAUAAAUCAGGAUAUUAGCUUACCUAAUAAAAUAAUAACGCUACCUACGACAUUAUCGUUUAUGUUAUGGCCUGUUAAAAGUAAAGGUGGUGCUGAAAAAAGUCCUGCUCAACAAAUUUUACCUAUAGAAGAUGCAGACAAAUUAUUUGAAAAUGGCCACUAUGAAGAAUGCUAUAAAUUACUAGCUGAGCAUCAGGGCGAAGGCAAUGUAGAAGUUCAAUGGCGAAUCUGUCGAGCCUUGUACAACAUGUCAAAGGAAUCAAAAUAUGACAAGCAAUACAAAAACAAUCUUGUUGUCCAAGCAUAUGAAAUAAUAUUGAGAGUAUUGAAUGAUACCCAAGACCAUUACGCUGUACACAAGUGGUAUGCUUUACUGCUGGAUGCUAAAAGUUCACUCAUUGGCAUCAAAGAGAGAAUAAGACAAUUAGAAAAUGUGAAAAAGCAUAUGGAUAUUUCAGUAACAUUAAAUCCUAAUGAUGCUACAAUAUUACAUAUGCUUGGUGAAUGGUGUUAUCAAAUUGCUGAAAUGCCCUGGCACCACAGAAAAAUAGCAGAAGUGUUAUUUGCUUCCCCGCCUUAUUCAACAUAUGAAGACGCACUGGAAUAUUUCUUAAAAGCAGAAGCAGUUCAGCCGAGAUUUUAUAGUGUUAAUUUGUUAAGACUUGGGAACUGCUAUCUAAAAUUACAAAAAGAAGAUCAAGCAAAAUAUUACUUGCAGCUGGCUGCAAGUUAUCCAGCUAAAUCAAAUGAUGACCACAAAGCUAAUACUGAAGCAGCAGAAUUGUUAAAAAAACUUAAAUAGGCUUUUUGACUUGUUAAAAAAACAUAAAUAAGCUUUUUGACUGUUUAUUACCUAGUUAUUUUUAAGAAUAUUUUAUUUAGAAUGUAAACAUUUACAUGACAUUUUUUGUAAGAUUGACCUAUUUUAUAAUUACAGACUAAUGAAGCUUAACAAUUGUGAUGAAAUUUGUAAAAUCUUUAUAAUAAUCCACAAAAGCAGAAAUUCACAGAAAUACCUAAUAAUAAAAUUUUGUGUUUAGUAUUGAUUGAAGAUUUGAUUAGAUAUGUUAAUUUUACAAUUAGUUACAUAGUUAUUUCUACUUAGAUUAUUUUAGUUUUUUUAGCACUUAUAACUUAUAUUUAAAUGUGAAUGUGUUUGUAUGCACUUCACAUUAAAACAGCUGAAAGGAUCGAGAUGAAAUUUGGAAUAGGUGUAAAUUAUGGUCUGGAAUAACAAAUAGGUAAAAUUUUCCACAAAAACGCGGGUAAAGCCACUGGCAGAUGCUAGAUAUAACAUAAUUAUAAUGAUUUUUCUACAAUUCUUUAAGUUAGAGAUAAAAUAGUAGCUAUUAUUUAAAAACUAUAUUUUUAUAUCCAUAUAUCGAAUAUAUUUUGUAUUACACUUUAAUAUAGGUAUUUAAUCAAGAUAUUAAAACCUUUAUCACACUA